AUGUCAGGAAAAUCAACAGCUAAAGUUGAUACAGAAGAAAAUUCUAUUAAAAUUAAUAUUGAAUUUGGCGACCAAGGAUGCAAAGAUCUUGAAAUAUCGCUAAAUAAUAAACUAUUAAAUAAAGAAGAUUCAAGUGAUUUUCAACUUGGCGAAAAAGAAGUCAAAUAUCUUCUUUUAACACUAAAUGAUGAAUAUAAAACGUACCAAAAAAACAUGAAUUUACGUACUAAUGUUUUUGCUGCACAAUUCUUUAUUGCGGGAUUUUCAAUUUUCCUUGGUCAAUUAUUCACAUAUGAAUCGAAAUCUGAUACCACUAAUUUUAUAAAAAAUAUUGGCGGUUCUCAACUACCAACCAUUUUUGGUGCAGCUGGUACACUAGUUACAUUAAUCACCGGAUAUUUAAAUUAUUUAAAUGAAAAAAAGUAUGAUGAUUGUUCAACGGAGAUUAGUAGCAAUGUAUUUAAGCUAAAUAAUUUAAACAUUGAUAAAGAAUUUAUUCAAAAGUCUCGUACGAUUGAUAAAUCAAGAUCUUAUUUUCGUAAGCCAAGAUCUUAUUCUCGUAAGCCUAAUAAUAGAUCAAGAUUUCAUUCUGAGUCUAAUAAUUCUGAAGAUUCUAGAAAAUAUGAAAUAAGUUCCUUAAUUGACCUUUAUAUUACAUCAUUAAAACAAAGAAAUAGAGUUUUAUUUCGAGAAAGAUUUAUUGAUAUAAUAGUCUCAGUAUUAUUCUUUUUAUUUAUUUUAUCAAUUUCAUAUUUUUUAUCAUUAACUUUGCAAGGCGGCAAUUCUCAAGAUUAUAUAUUAGAUGUCGCGAAAUUUUUAAAUUUUUUUGCGACUUUUCGUUAG